GCCAAUUUACAAUAUGCAACAAUCAAUCAAUCCUAUCCUAGCUUAGCUAGAUCGCCCGCAUCCCAAAACGGCACUUCCUCAUUUUUGUUUUUGCUUCAUCCCAUUACAAUCUCUCUCUCUCUCUCUCUCUCUCUCUCUCGUUUUCAAACCUCGUUUUUAUUUUAUCCUAGUUUUCAAGACGCGCUCUCCUGUCCCUCACUUUGGAUAAAUGGAUAAGUGCCCAACCUACAACAAUUUACCUAAAACAACACAAUUUACACACGCAGCGACCAGGUGAAAAUUAACACAAACACUUAUUUGUUUUCCCUUCUCACGGCACAUAAUUCAACUGAAAAAGAAGCAACCGACACCACCAUUUUAUGCAUCCCCUUUUUCUCUCUCUAUUACGGAUUCCAUAAACCAAUGAGCAUUCAUCGAACGCGGUUGCCACUGUCGAUCACCAAGCUCCUCUUCUGGUCGCUCAUGUUGCUAAGCUUGAUCGUCCUGCUAUUGUUGGGAUCUCCUCCGUCGUCCGCUUCCCAUUCCCAUUCCCGGCGAUCCCUCCGCGGCGGAGCUCACUGGGAGACAUCCGUUCGCGAAUCUGCCACCCCUCGUCCUCCCUCUAAAUCCAAACCCCUAACGGUCCUCGUCACCGGUGCAGCCGGUUUUGUUGGGACCCACGUCUCCAUUGCUCUCAAACUCCGGGGAGACGGCGUCGUGGGCAUUGACAACUACAACCGCUACUACGACCCCUCCCUGAAGCGUGCACGGACGCAGCUUCUCGCGCGUCACGGCGUCUUCGUGGUGGAGGGAGACAUAAACGACGGCGCUCUCAUGAGGUCUCUCUUCAAAUUAGUGAAAUUCACGCACGUGAUGCACCUGGCGGCCCAGGCUGGGGUACGCUACGCGAUGAAGAACCCUUCCUCUUACAUUCACAGCAACAUUGCGGGCCUCGUGAGCGUUUUCGAGGCCUGCAAGUCGGCGAACCCUCAACCCGCUAUCGUGUGGGCCUCCUCGAGUUCCGUUUACGGCCUCAAUUCGAAGGUGCCGUUCUCGGAGCGGGACCGGACGGACAAGCCGGCCAGCCUGUAUGCUGCGACCAAGAAGGCCGGCGAGGAAAUUGCGCACACUUAUAACCAUAUUUAUGGACUUUCCAUUACUGGGUUGCGCUUCUUCACCGUUUAUGGGCCUUGGGGCCGGCCCGAUAUGGCGUAUUUCUUCUUCACUAAAGAUAUAUUGAAAGGGAAACAGAUAGGUAUCUUCGAGGGUCCUCACGGUGGUUCCGUGGCCAGGGACUUCACUUACAUUGAUGAUAUUGUGAAGGGUUGCUUGGGGGCUUUGGACACUGCUAAGAAGAGUACUGGGAGUGGGGGCAAGAAGAAUGGGCCCGCCCAGUUACGCGUUUACAAUCUGGGCAACACUUCGCCCGUCCCCGUCGCCAAGCUUGUCAGCAUUCUCGAGAAGUUGCUCAAGGUGCCUUCUAAGAAGAAACUGUUGCCCAUACCUGCAAACGGCGACGUCGUUUUUACGCAUGCCAAUAUUAGCUUGGCCAGGAAGGAGAUCGGCUACAAGCCCGCCACUGAUUUGGAAACGGGUUUGAAGACAUUUGUUGAUUGGUAUAUGGAUUAUUAUUCUCCCUCUUCGGAGAAAAGUGCUGCUAGUGCCUGGUAAGGUAGACUCGAUUCAAUUACUUUUUUCUUUUUCUUUUUCUGUUUGUUUGAUUUUGCAAAUUGUUCCUGCUUUUCUCUUCUUCGUGAAUUGAAACCACUCAACUGAGUGAAAGUAAGUCCUGUACAUAGAUCGUCUACGUAUUCAUUUCCCCUGAUUUACAAUUGUCAUCGGUGGUUUAGGAACUGUACAAUUUUAGGUCUAGGUUUGAACAUAUAGGUUGAUCAAUAAUUUAAGGGCUACUUCAAUUAUAUUCUUUAUUUAUUUGUUUUUCAAAUGUUGUUUGGAACACACGACCCUUGAGAAGUUAUAAUCUGUUUAAUUUGGGUGUUCUGCUUUAUGGGAACCAACUGGGAAUUUGAAGUAUUGUUUCGUCUUAUU